CCCCCUGACGACGGAAGCGGCGUGGGGGUUCGAACGGCGGCCCUCGGACUCGUGAGGCGGUCGCAGUCGCCGACAAAUAAACAACAACAACAACGACGACAACAACAACAACGUGGGCAAGAAGAAGCAGCAGAAGCGGUAAACAACAAGUGAGCAACUCCCACAGGCGGAGCGGGGAGCGGCACCGCGAGGCGGUGAGGAUGGACGCGAGCGACAGCGGCGGCGUGGACUGAACAGGAAGAGUUGAGGCGGGGGUCGCGGCUUCUGCAGGAGUAUGCAGGGAAGAUUGGAGGUUCUGGCCCUGGCCAGCAUCAAGCGAAGGAAGCCAUGGCCUCAGAUCAGAUGGAUGGGCCUGGACUCGGAGAACCUGCUGCUGCUGGACGAACGCCGCGCCUCGGUACUUUUCCUCCCGUCGGGACGAACGCGGCGCCGCGUUCCACGCCUCCACUCGCUGCUCCCGCGCGUCGUCGCCAUGGCUCCGUCCAGAAACGGCGCGUGGCUCGCUGGCGUGCUGGUGAGCGGGGAGUUGUUCCUGUGGCACAAGGACACGGACUCUCUGAAGACGGCACCCGCCCACCCGGCCGUGCUCGCGCUCACGAGCAGAGCGGGCGAACAAGGAUCGAACGCCCGUCUGUGGGUGCUCCCCUCGGACGAGGGCCGGCGCGUGCUGCUGGGGGGGGCCCCGGACGGGCCCCUCCUGUGGGAGCUGCGCGGGGUGGAGGGCCCCCUGCACGCCGUGCCAGGCUCACUCCUGCUUGGCCGCUGGGCUCAGCUGCCUCCGCCUAGCGACGUGCCGCUGCCCGGCGCCGCCGACAAAGAGGCCGCGGCGCACGCGGUGUUCUUCACAGAUCCGGAGCUGGGCGAUUGCUGCCUCUGCUCGUUUGUGUUCAGCGCUGGCCAGAGUCUCAUCAUAUCGAGCCUCCUCCUCCGCUGGCUCGACGGCUCGGACGCGCUCUUCAGCGUGGCGCCGUUCAGUGCCACGUGGCACGGGUUUGCCUGUGCAUUGGGCUCCCUCUCGCCGGCGUGCGAGGCGGUGAAGUCGCGCGGAGCGUACGUGGCGCGUCUCUCCAGCGACGGGCACGUGCUCGCCAUCGCCGUCAACCAGAGGCACCCUCAGGCCACCCAGGUGCUGUUCACGUCUGCGACGGGCGGCGUCUCGGUGUCCUCCCACCUGCAGGGCUGCGGCUUCCGUGGCCCCACCCUGCUGCCCAAGUUCAUCAGGUCGUACUGGGUGAGCGACGCGAGCUGGCUGAGCGGGGACGCGCUGCUCGCGUGCAUGCUCAAGCGCGGCGCUCUGCUUCUCGUGUCUCGCCUCGGGGAGCCCCUCACGCUGUCCACGCACGGCUGCUCGGUGGAGUUCGGUCCGGCCCUCUUCAUCCCUCUCCACCCCCUCGUCACGUACAGCGCCAGUGGCAGCGCCGACGCGACGGCGUCGCACGGCUCGGCCGCCUCCGAGGCGGACGCCCUGCGCCAGCGGUUCUCCGUGAGCGCGCACCCCCGGCUGCCCUUCCUGCUCGCCUCCGAUGCGGCGCCGGCGAGGCUGGUGCAGGCUGCGCUGGAGGACGUCACCGCACCCUUAGAGGACGUCCGCAUCGGCUUGGCGGACAUCGCGGGCUUCCUGGCGAGGGCGGUGCUGCUACGGAGCCUGUCGGUGCUGGGCGCGCCGCCCCCCGGUGAGACGGUGACGGUGGACGCCACGGCGGCGCCACCGCCGCUUACCGCCGCCCCCCCUUUCUGCAGCAAGACCCGACGAGGUGGUCCUUUUGCGGGGAUGCACGAGGAAUCCCGGACCGCCGAGGGGGAGACGGAGCUGACGGCGCCGGGCGGCGCCAUCGCGGCGGCGCGGAUCUCUCGGCCCGGCUCUCGUUCGCUCAGCGCCGGCUGCUCGUCGCGUGGCACCUGCUGCUCACUCUCAGCUCUUCCGGCGCUGCGCUGGUGCUCUGCUGGCCCGGCGAGCCCCUCCCCCUACCCCUCCACUGCGGUCACCGCCGGCGCGGCACCGCCGGUCCCUUCGUACGGCGCUCGGCUGAGCCUGGAGGUGGCGGCGGCGCUGCUGAGCGGCGCGGACACCGGCGACACUCGCGCGCACCUGCGCUCGCUGCUCGCCGCUCUUUCCUUGCUGUCCUUCGCUGAGGCGUGGCUCGACCGGCGUGCGGGCUGGUGCCGGCACCGCGCCAGAUCCGCCGGUCCAACCGCCGCUCCCGAACCGUGCCUUGGUCGCGGUAGAGCCUCCCGGCUGGACGACGAUGAGGCGCCGGCAGAGGUGGCGAUGGAAGAAGCGAUGGCAGAUUCCGUACGAGAGGGGCUUGGCACUGGUGUGGAGCUCUACGCCUUGUGCAUGCACCGGCAGCGGCAGACGGCGGGUGGCGCCGACUCUAUCGGGCGGGUCGCGUGGCGGGGCCGGAGUGGCUCAGGUCCGUCCUGCCCUCCCGCACGCAGCGCCGGCAGAGAGAGUAGCGGCCGGCACACAGGUGCGUAG